GAUACAAACUCAAACAUGAAGCUGCCAGCCGUCCUUGUGAUCGUGGUAUUCAGCACCUCCGUUCCCGCGUCGGGAUUCAUAAUGAAGAAAAUAAAGUUUCAGCACUUCGGACCUGGCAUGGGACGUAUGAUACAGAUGGGGGGAGGGGGAGCGGGAGCAGGCUCUUCCGAACCAGUUGACUUUGAGGGAGAGUUCACACCAGAGAUGCGGAAGCUGCAGCGCCAGGUUCUGAGGAGUCACAACCGCUACAGGCGUCGGCACGGAGUUCACACUCUGAAACAAGAUCCUGAGUUGGAUCGCUACGCUCAAGCCUGGGCCCUGGUGAUGGCGCAGAGGGACCGCAUGCAGCACAGGACCAACGCGUUGCACGGAGAGAACCUCUACAUGUGGUGGAGCAGCAACUUGGAGGCACCCAUCACGGGGAGCCAAGCCGUGAAAUCGUGGUACGACGAGAUCAAGCUCUACGACUUCGACAACCCCGGCUUCAGGUCCGGCACGGGUCACUUCACGCAGCUGGUGUGGAAGGACUCUCGACGCUUGGGCACGGGCAUCGCCCGCGGCCCGAAGGGCACCGUGUACAUCGUUUCUGUCUACGAUCCGCGUGGAAACAUGAUGGGCCAGUUCGGGGAGCAAGUUCCUCGGCCAGUGUCUGGCGGAGGCGAGAAACGACGUCGCCGCAAGGACGAGGAAGACGAGGACGACGAUCAAAGCAGAUGCGCGAGCAGGAGGAAAAAAACUGGUUUCGGGCUCGGGGUUCUGUGUCUCUUAGGCUUGAGCACUUGUACAUCGGUGUGUGCGGCGAGCGGUUGUGGUAGUCGGAUCGAAUUUCCCACGGGGUGGGAAAUUAGGGGCUCAAACAUGAAGCUGGUUGCCGUUUUAGUGAUCGCGAUCUUCAGCGCCUCCAUGCCCGCAUCAGGUUUCAUGAUGAUGCAGCACUUCAACAUGGGACCACCCGGCAAGGGCGGAAGGGGUGCAAUGGGUGGAAUGGGUGGCGGAGGUCCUUUCGAGCCGACUGACUUCGAUGGCGUCUUCACGCGGUCCAUGCGGAAGCUACAGAGACAAGUGCUCAGGAGUCACAACCACUACAGGCGUCUGCACGGUGUACACACUCUCAAGGAGGACGAGGAGUUGAAUCGCUACGCCCAAGCCUGGGCCUUGGUGCUUGCCCAGAGGGACCGCAUGGAGCACAGGACCAAGCCGAUACACGGAGAAAACCUCUACAUGUGGUGGAGCAGCAACUUGGAGGCACCCAUAACGGGAAGCAUGGCCGUGAAGGCGUGGUACGACGAGAUCAAGGACUACGACUACAACAACCCGACCUUCAAGUCCGGCACGGGUCAUUUCACGCAGCUCGUGUGGAAGAACUGUCGUCGCCUGGGCACGGGCAUCGCCCGCGGCCGGAAAGGCACCAUCUACAUAGUGUCCGUCUAUGAUCCGCGAGGAAACAUCAUGGGCCAGUUCGGCAGCCAAGUCACGCGGCCCAACGCCGGCGGCGGCGGCAGUAAAGGCGGCCACAAGAAAGGAAGGCGCCAGCAGCAGCAGGACGACUACUGAACGAGGAACGACGCCAACGUGCCGCCGGGCCAGGGGGGGUAUACUGUAGCAGUCAUUUCGGCCGCUGCUGAUUGGCCGGGGCCGCUCGUCUCCUCCUCUCUCGCACAGCUGCACCCAAUCAGCAGUGGCCGAAAUGGACAGUCCACUAGGUGGACUCCCACAGAAUACCGCCCCAGAGCUAGAAAGUGCACGGUAACGGCGAUCGACGUCGAUGGAGCCUCUAUUGUGGCUCCACUUUACGACGUUCGUUCUCCACAAACAAAUCUCGCUCGCGCAACGAGGAAAAAAAAAUAUAUGUAUAAAACUAAA